AUGACCAAGAUCGACGUCCUCCGUCGACUAUUCCUUCCUUGUUUCACCGCCACCGCCACCGCCACCAUUUCCCACCACCCAACAACCACCAAGAAACGUCUCAGCACCUCCCUCAGAGACGACAUCAGAACCCAAGUUUCAGAUCAACAACAACAAGAUCAUGAUGACUCAGACUCAUCAUCGCCAUUAGUAGUCUCCUCCUACAACCCAAACGCACCACCACGAUCCUCCAAAACAAUGGUCAUCGGCACCAUCUUCGGCCACCGCCGCGGCCACGUCUGGUUCGCCGUCCAGCAUGACCGUCUCAAUACCAGACCUUACCUUCUCCUCGAGCUAUCCAUCCCAACCCAAUCACUCGUUCAAGAAAUGCGGUUCGGACUCGUCCGGUUAUCCCUCGAAUGCCACAGCUCUCCGGAAUCUGAUCUUGGACCAAUCUCUCUUCGUUCAAUCCCCAUCUGGACCAUGUUCUGUAACGGCCGUAAAGUUGGGUUCGCCGUCCGGAAAAGAACCACCGAACCCAUCCGUCUGAUGCUGAAAUCGUUACAAUCGACGACGGUGGGUGCCGGCGUUAUUCCAUCUUCAGGGUUUGACUCCGGCGGCAACAACGGCGCCGAGCUGAUAUACAUGAGGGCUAGCUACGAAUGUAUUGUGGGUGGACCAGAUUCGGAAUCUUUUCACCUGAUCAACCCAGAUGGGUGCCUAGGUCAAGAACUAAGCAUCUUCUUGAUGAGGUCUCGAUGA